UUUUCCUACACAUAAAAUUUGGGUUUUAACUCCAGAAUAAGGUCGGUAAAAUUGGGUAAUUCGUCAUUCGUUUGCCUGUACCCCCUGUAUGCAGACGAGUUCAUUCAGUUCAAGAUGGCUGCGCCCACAAUUUGUGUUCCAGGUCAGAGGAUAUGCCGCUUGGAGGAGACUUGUAAAGAAGGAAAUGGAACUUACCUUAGAAAUGGCUACAUCUACUCAAGUCUAGCAGGGUAUUUACAUACUUCUGAAGGUGAAGGUGGAAAGACCCUUAUUGAAGUGAAAACACAGGAGGAGCAGAAUGUUGUACCCUCAGUAGACGCCAUAGUAACAACAAGGAUAACAAAUGUCAACCCUAGAUUCUGCAAAUGUUUAAUUCUAAGUGUAGGAAAGAUUCCACUGAGAGAGCCAUUUCGAGGUCAAAUAAGGAAAGAAGAUGUUCGAGCAACAGAAAAAGACAAAGUUGAAAUGUACAAGUGUUUUAGACCUGGAGAUAUUGUUGUCGCAAAAGUUCUUUCACUUGGAGAUGCCCAUUCUUAUAUACUCAGUACAGCAGAAAAUGAACUAGGAGUUGUCAUAGCAACAAGUGAAGCAGGUGCUACAUUGGAGCCCAUCAGUUGGUGCAAGAUGAAAUGCCCCAAAACAAUGGCAGAAGAAUUUAGAAAAGUAGCCAAAGUACAGCCAAAAUAUGUACAAUACGCAGGAACGUAAUAAAAGUUAAUAAAAAUAAA